GCAAAUUAUAAAAACCGAGUUUUUAUUUUGCUUAACAUCAUUUUUUAACUUUUUUACCUAAUAUACUAAGAAAUUAAUAUCAAUAUGAUCCUUAUAAAAUAUAUCUAUUAACUUGAAUUCCUGAUUCAAGGUUCUAACUAACAAAUUAUGGAAAAAAUAAUAACUUUUACCCGCCCUUUUAAUGACUGGAGAUAUAUAUUACUCAAAAAUAAACUUAUGGAUGGACAAUACGGACAUGGUGUUAAAAGAUAUGGAGUUAGGUGACGGAGAUUAUGACUUGAAAUCUAAUCUCCCAAAUUUGCCUGCAACCAAUGAUUAUAUAAAAUUUAAUGAUAUAUUUUUAUUUGACAAAUUACCUGAGGACAACAUAUUACUAGAAAAUUCAAUUGACAAUUUUAUUCCACAUGAUAUCAAUCUAGGAAUGGAUAAUUCAAGCACAAACAAUAAUAUAUUAUCUAUUUUUAGCAACUUAAAUUUGUCACAUUUUAAACAAAUUAAUAAAUUCUAUGGCAACUAUUCUGAUUAUAUACCUUCUCCGCCUUUAUCUUACUUAGAGAUUCAAACUGAUAUUGAUCCAGCUUCCAUUAAUCCAACAAAUUGCAAAAAUGAUAGUACCUCUAAUUCACAUAUUCCUGAUAAUUUAAAAGUUACAAAUGAACAUUACUACAACAAUAGUCAACCUAAUGGAUCCUUCAUUUAUGAUUAUCCAUCUCCUGGCCCAUCUGUCAAUUCAUUGGAUAACUAUUUUACUCAUUCUUUCACAACUUCUGAUAAGGCAAGUUCAAAAUUUACAGUGCCCUCACCAUUGUCUAUCAAUUCAUCAUAUGCUAAAACUUCCUAUCCUGGCAAUGACAUAGAUGAUCAUAAUAUUGAUGAAUUUGAUACCUUUAUUGGUGAUACUUCACUGCUCUCAAAGUUAAGAGAUCCAUUUAUAGAUCUUAUUACAGUAGGGAUUUCCUACUCCACAUCUAAACAUGAAUCUAUCACCACUGGCAAUGCAUAUGAACAAAUGCUUCCUAUUGACAAUGACAAUCUAAUAUUUGACUUGGAACUGGAUAACAAUUGCCAAUUAAAUGAUUUGGCAACUCCAAAAUUUUCAAAUUUUUUGGAUGAAUAUCUAGGGGAUGACAUAGAGCAGAAUGAAGAACCAGUUGUUACAACAAUAAUACCUAAUCAUCAUUCAUGCCCAUAUUCACAUAUUUCUAUGAGCCAAAAUCAAGACCCUUUAUCAUACACAUGUAACAAUGAUACAAAAUACCCAUGUACAAUGCCACUUAGCUAUUUUCAUAAUGGUAACCACGAGAGUGUACCCAAUUCCGUUAUAAAAAAUUUGGCUAAUGCUUCUCUAAAUGAGCAGCCAUCUCUCAGCAAUGUUUCUUCUCGGCCUACCCGAUCAAUUCAUUCAUCCUAUAACAACCAAAGUUCGUUCAGCCCAUCUUUAUCUUAUACUGAAAGCUUGGCUAGUGAAGUUUCUUCCAAAUCAUCCAAGAACUUUAAUAAUAUUCUUGGUGAAAUCAACAGUCCCAAACUAAAAAAGAAAAUACAAAACAAGUUUGCAGCUGCUAAGUACAGGCUUAAGAAAAAGGAAGAAAGUCAAAAUUUAGUGCAUGAAGAAAGGGAUCUGAUAACUGAUAACCGCUGCCUCAAAAACAAGGUCAACUGCCUAGCCCAUGAACUUGAAAUGCUAAAGCAAUUGCUGAAAUGAAAAUUAUUUUUUUUUAAAACUUUAAAUUUUUGGGUUUUUUUCUUUUCAUUUAGGAUAUGAGAUAAUUUGUGGUAUAUUUUUUUAAAAAUUUAUCUAUAAGAUGAUAUAUUAUAUUUGAAAUAUAUAUAUUAUUUAUAAUUA